AUGGACGGAAAUGGCGACGACGACCGAGGACGGCUCGACCGCGAAGCUGGCGAUGCCGCCGCCGAGGAGCGCUCGCGCUCGCGAAGCCCGCCGCGCGGUCCGCCAGCGGACGAGCCGGCGGAGACGGACGGAGGCAACGGCGGCACCGACGCCGAAGGGCACGGCUUCGGCUUCAUCAAGCCGGACGACGGCUCGGACGACAUCUUUUGCCACCUCUCUGCGAUCCGCGACGGCAACAUGCUGCGCGAGGGCGACAGCGUUCGGUUCGAGAAGCAGUACGACGCGAGCAAGGGCAAGGACCGCGCGCUCAACGUGUACGGCGGCGUCGAGGGCGAGGAUCUGCGCGAUAAGCGCGGCGGCGGCGGCGGCUUCACGGGCCAGCCGCGCCCCGGCAAGAGUGUGGGGACGGCGAUGCGGUGGAACCUCGACAAGGGGUAUGGCUUCAUCAAGCAGGCGCGGACCUGGUGGGUCGUGCAGACAGAGCGUCCCCUCACGCGCCCACGAGCCUGCGUACAGGACGACGGCGGUGAGGACCUCUUCGUCCACAUGAGCGAGGUCAAGGACGGGCAGGUGUGA